GUCGAUUUGAAUUUGAACAGGAGAGUUGGCGGAUGGUGAAGGGAGAGGAGCGGCUCCGUGCAGCAGUGUCUGAUUAUGGAGAACACCAUAGAUAAGAAGUCUCAGCAGCCACUGAAGAUGUCCCGUCUUCCCGUCCCCCCAAGCAGAAAGAGGCCGCAGAGUGAUGAAAACCAGGAGCAGUCUUCUCGGGUAAAAGUAGAGCUGGGGAAACGUCAGAAGGUGUCCCCCGUGGAUGAGCUGCCCAGGUUGCGCGUCGCAGCAAGUAUUGCCACCUCCAAACCGCGGGUCACCCCGGCUGUUGCGCUGCCUAAGCCGCAGGUAAUUGGUCGACAGUCCCUUCAAGACCUACAACCAAAGAACAGGGCAAACAUCACAGCUUCUGCGAAACCUAAAGCUACAGCACCAGCACCCGCACAGUCGGCUACUUCAGCAGCAGGCAAGAAACGCGCUGCCUGGGAUCUGAAGGGGCAGGUCAACGACAUGAAGGACAAGGUCACAAAUUACAAAGGCAAAGUGCAGUCCUUGUCGGGUGAGAACGCUCGUCUCCAGACAACCAAGCAGCAACUACAGAGACAAGUGGAGCUGCUGAACACGGAGAACUCUGCCAUCAGCCAGCAGCUCUGUUCGGUGGAAUCCAAGCUGUUGUCUGAGCGGAAGAAGUUGGAUGGAGCUAAGAAGGAGGUGCAGCAGCUUACUGAGCUUUGCCAGACUCUGCAGUCUGAGCUAUCUGCUGAGAAAUGUGUGGUGGUUCAGAUGAGCUCCUGCAAUGAGAGCAUGACGAAAGAGCUGAAAGCCAAGGAGAAGCAGCUUCUUUACUUGGAGGGGGAGAACUCUACACUAAAUACCUUGGUAACCGAGCAAAGCGACUCAAUAAAUGAUCUACAAUGUCGUGUAGCAGAGAAGGACACUCAAAUAUACACACUGGAAACGGAGCGCAGACGAUUACACAAUGCCGUGCAGGAGCUGAAGGGGAACAUCCGUGUCUUCUGCAGAGUCCGGCCAACCCUGCCAUUUGAGAAGGCUUCGUCUGAUGGACCCAUUAGCUUCCCACCUAAUGACGAGAAAGCGAUAGUCCUCAGUAAGGUGGAGGAGUCUCACAUUGGUCGGGAAAAGGGUCAAUCGGUCAAAUAUGACUUUAAUUUUGACUGCAUCUUUCCACCCACCACUAGCCAGGCCGCUGUAUUUGAAGAGAUCUCUUUGCUGGUCCAGUCGGCCCUCGACGGGUAUCCUGUGUGUAUAUUUGCAUAUGGCCAGACGGGCAGCGGGAAGACGUAUACCAUGGAGGGCCCAGACAACAUCUCUGUGGACACCAUGGGAAUGAUACCCAGGGCUAUCUGGCAGAUCUUCAGCAGCGCAGAUGAGCUGAAGUCUAAAGGCUGGCAGUAUAAAUUCACGGCUAGUUUCCUUGAGAUCUACAAUGAGACCCUGAGAGAUCUGCUGGUAAACCGACCAGAGAAGAAAAAUGAGUACGACAUCCGUAAGGUCAACUCAUCCAGCAACGAAGUCUAUGUCACCAACCUGCGCUACGUGGAGGUCUCCAGUGUAGAAGAGGUGCAUGAGAUUCUCCAGACGGCAAAAACAAACCGCUCUGUGGCGAAAACCGCCCUGAAUGACCGGUCAUCUCGCAGCCACAGUGUUUUUCAACUGAGAAUCGAGGGGGAGAACAGUCUUAGAGAUGUACGGACGUCAUCUGUCCUGAGCCUGAUCGACCUCGCCGGGAGUGAGCGUCUUGACCGAUCUCUGUCCACAGGAGACCGACUAAAGGAAACGCAGAGCAUCAAUACUUCACUUUCCACGCUGGGCCUGGUUAUUACAUCAUUGUGCAACAAGGAUUCCCAUAUACCAUAUCGGAAUAGCAAGCUGACAUACCUGCUGCAGAACAGCUUAGGAGGAAACUCAAAAGUGUUGAUGUUUGUUAACAUUUCCCCCCUGGAAGAAAACUUUGCAGAGUCUGUGAAUUCUUUACGGUUUGCUAGCAAGGUCAAUGAAUGUGUGAUUGGAACCGCUCGCGCAAAUCGGAAAUAAGCAGCUCCCGAGAAGUCUGUUUUAUCAAGAACUUUUUAUUUGGCUUUUUAAUAUAUAGAUGUAAAAGCUAUUGACAAUAGCACGGACAUGCACAUGAAUCAAGCGUGGGGGGGGGGGGGAGCCACUACAGUCAACUUACAGUAUAGAGGUUUGUACGUCCAUGUAGCGGGGGAUGAAUUUUAAGGGGCUGUCCAGUGGUUCAGAAAUACAAAAAAGUAACAUGUCUGGCGGGGGGGCUGGGCGAGGAGACUGGUCUCUUUAUAACCCACCAAG